AUGUUGUCGGAAGUGCACAUUGUUGGAGUGGACUCGAUUGUCGUCAAGUACAAAUUGAAGAAAUUGUACAAAAUGGAAACCAUGAUUCGUGUGCGUGCUUGUAUGCUACCUGCUACGUCAAAGCCCAGAGUGGAUGCGCGCAGCCGACGUCCUGUCACAGCAUGCAACCACCGUUUGUCUCAAUCUCAUUUUAGUCGUCCAGCAAGUCUUGGCAGCGGCUACUAUCGGCACGGAGACAACGGACGUGACCGCAGCGAAAAGGGUACACUCCGGAUGCGCUUGAGCUCAGGUCAAAAGUUUCGGAACGCCCAUUUUCUCAUGACACGAGUUCGUUUUCUAGUACCGAUCGCAGUUGGCAACACUUCUGCUGACUUUAUCAACGGAACCUGCGUCCUCGGUUGUCAAGCAACGGGUACAAAUGUGGAGUCGAUUCGCUGA